CACACUUUCCAAGUCUUAAAUACAAAAAUUCAAAUCCAAAGAAUUCAAAACUUUAGACUAUAAUUAGACUUCUGUCUGAAAAUAAUUCCACAGCCAAUCCCCCUUCCUCAGCCGCCGGGAAAUGAAGAAAACCACCGUGCGCCACCACUCAACAAAACAACACUAAUAGUAUCAUAUAUAUAAAAAAAUUUAAUUUUUUUUUCUAUUGUUUUUUCAAGAAUCUUGAAAGUUAUUGUUUUAUGAUUGUGGGGUUUUGCUAAAAAGUGAGAAAAAAAGGGUAAAUUUGGGUGAUGGAUGAUGAAGUUAAAAGAGUAAUCUUUUGUGUUUCUUGAAAUUGGACAAAAGGGAAAAAACGACGUCGUCCCUUGAAGCUGUGUAGUGAUGAAGAUUGGCUUGAUUGUUGUCAGAUUCUUUUUUAUGUUAUUGGUGAUCUUCAAUCCUAAUGUUCAACAGACUGCAAAAGCAUUCACAGGAACAUAUGGGAUUAAUUACGGGAGAAUUGCAGAUAACAUCCCUUCACCUGAUAAAGUGGUUAAACUACUUCGAGCAGCAAAAAUUAAGAAUGUUAGAAUUUAUGAUGCAGAGCCCAGUGUCCUUAAUGCGUUUAAAGGGACAGGGCUUGAGCUGGUGGUUGGACUUCCGAAUGGGUUUGUAAAAGAAAUGAGUGCCAAUGCAGAUCAUGCUCUGAAUUGGGUAAAAGAUAAUGUGAAGGCAUUCCUUCCCGAUACCCGCAUUGUGGGCAUCGCUGUUGGAAAUGAAGUUUUGGGGGGUAGUGACAAUGAACUGGAGGUAGCUCUUCUGAAUGCUGUAAAGAAUAUAUAUAAUGCAACAAAAAAGCUUGGGAUAAGUGGCGUUCAGAUAUCGACGGCUCACUCGCAGGCUGUUUUUGCUGAUUCAUUCCCUCCUUCCUAUUGUGUAUUUAAAGAUGGUGUUGCUCAGUUGAUGAAGCCACUUUUAGAGUUCUUCUCGAAAAUUGGAUCUCCAUUCUGUUUAAAUGCUUACCCAUUUUUGGCAUACACUUACAACCCAGAUAAAAUAGACAUAAAUUAUGCUCUUUUUGAGCCAACUAAGGGAAUUGUUGAUAAUAGAACUCAUCUUCAUUAUGAUAACUUGCUCGAUGCUCAGAUUGAUGCAGCGUAUGCAGCCCUAGAGGAUGCUGGUUUCAGCAACAUGGAAGUCAUAGUUACUGAAACAGGCUGGGCCUCUGAUGGGGACGAGAAUGAACCUGCUGCCACGCCUAGUAAUGCUAGAACAUAUAAUUAUAAUCUGCGUAAAAGGCUCGCCAAGAGGAAAGGAACUCCUUUGAGGCCGAAAAAAAUGUUGAAGGCAUAUAUUUUUGCUCUGUUCAAUGAGUAUCAAAAGACAGGUCAAUCAUCAGAGAGGAACUUUGGACUCUUCAAGGCUGAUGGUAGUAUAUCUUAUGAUAUUGGUUUCUCUGGGUUGCAAGAUGUUUCAGCUGCAUCUUCGCUUUCGUCUUUGAAGGGGAUUCGAGCUCAAGCAUAUUAUUUGACAGUAAUAGCAAUCACAACUUCAAUAUCGGUUCUGCUGUCGAGGUUGUGACAACAUUUUUGAUCUCAUCUUAUACGAAAUACUAGAUUAGCAUCUCGAAUUUCCUAGUGCAACAUUAGGAAUGCAAUCUUAGAUCUUUAUCGCUAGUCGACCUGGAGGUUGCUGAUUAUUUUUCAAUUUUUCAGCAAUGCACAAUAUCAGUAGUAUAUAUGAAAUAAAUUCUUUCUUGGUA